AAAGGUCGUUCAGUCCGCUUGUCUGUCAGUCAGUACACGGCCCGCGUUCAAGCCGCUUAGUGUAAUUGCAUUUAUAGUUAUUUUAAUUUAUUUUUAAUUAUUUUGUGUUAGUUUAGGAGAUAAUUUAGAACCAUGUUCCAGUAUUUAGGAGUAGUGUGCCUUCUGGCCGUCGUGGGAGUAUCCUUUGGGAUCCCAAUUGGAAACGAGAUCGUGGAAGACCAGCAGCUAGUCCUGGCUUUCGUGGUAAACAGACACGGAGAAAGGACCCCUGAUGCUGACGAGCUCUCUCUGUCAAAUGAACAGGAGAAGCUCAAGAACCUGACCGCUAUAGAAGGGCUGGAAGGGCUGACCAAUGUCGGCAAAAGGAGAGCGUACCAAAUCGGCAAGUUCCUUCGUCAGAGGUACGGGUCCCAGGGUCAGGAUAUCAUCUCCAGUUUGUACCUGCAGGAUCAGAUCGCCAUCAGGAGUACUGAUAAGGAGAGGACCAAGAUGACUAUACAGGUGGCUAUGGCAGCUCUCUACCCCCCAGAAACAGAGCAGCAGUGGGACGAAGGUGUGGGCAAAAUUUGGCAACCAGUACCCUACUUUGCUGUACCAUUGAGCGAAGACUAUCUCCGCUACUACUCAAACUGCGUCCGCUUCUCCAACCUGAUGAAGGCAGCCAAGCAGGAGUCCGUCUUCGAAGAGUUCAGGCAGUUCGACGACCUCAUCCCGAAGCUGAAGGCUCUGACUGGAAAGAACUUCACGGAAAACCCUUUGUUGUUCGAGACCCUCUUCGAUUUGUUGAGGAGUCAGGUCGGUCUUGGUUUAGACAUUCCUGAAUGGGCCAAGCCUCUCCUGCCCAGGCUAGGAGAAGCAGCCAGGCUAGCUUAUAGGCUGUACUUCAGAACCGAUGAAAUGAAGAAGAUUGGUGGAGGUGUCCUCCUCAACAACUUCGUGGAAGCCGCCACAGCCUUAACCAAAGGCAAGAGUAUCACCAAGCCUCUCCGUUUAUUCUCCGCCCAUGACUUCAACAUUGGAGCCCUGAUGGAGGUGGCCAAGGUGAAGAGUGACCAAAGCAUCCCGGAGUACGGGGCAGUAUUCGCUUUGGAACUGUACAAGUCGAGGAGCACGGGAGAGUUUAGUGUUAUGCCGGUGUACCUGCCACAGGCUGGCGAGUUCCCAGCCAGUCCACUCCACAUCUACGGCUGCGAAACAGAACAGUACUGCAAUUUCGAGAAGUUUAAAGAAAUGACCAAGCAGUACCUUCUGCCUGAGAGGGAAUUCUACACGCUAUGUGGCAUCAAAACCGAAUUAUAAGACAACUUGAGUAUUAUUUGUGCUGUGGUUUAGUUAGUUUAAUUUUAUGUUAAAGUUAACUACGUUAACAGUAGGUAAAUAGUGUAAUAUCAAUGAAAUUAAUAUCGCCAAAAAUACUUAUUUUAGUAGAAUUUAUGUACUAAUCGUUUCGUUUUCUACUAUCUUUAUCGCAUAAUGGAGACAUAAUUGGGACAAUCAGUAUUCUUUGUAUGAAAAUCCGUACUGCAUUGCAACGCCCACUUAUCUGCACCGUAAUGUAAAAGCCUCGCCUCGCGGGUGACACCGCGCAAAAGAUGUUGACAGUGCGCGAAAUAUGUUGACAGUGCGCGAAAGAUGUUGACAGUGCGCGAAAGAUGUUGACAGUGCGCGAAAGAUGUUGACAGUGCGCGAAAGGCGAUACGGUGUUGAUCCCUUUCCGGGUUGAUAAGUCUGCUAAGACCUUUAAUUUUCUUUUAUUGCCUUCUAAAUAUUAUGCGCCAUUAUGUGCAUUUCGCUUUUGAAUGACAUCGUCUGGUAGCGCCACUUGGAGCACAGAGGCGCAUUAAAUAUUUUAAACGCCAUUACUGUCACCAGUAAGCGAUUACAGUUAUAGAAAUAACACUUCUAUCAUCUUACGAGUUGGUAAUUUAAUUAGUAAAACAUGUAACUUGACCUAAAUUCCUCUGAAAUGCUUCAAUUAAAUUUGAAUUACGAGUAUAGGAAUUAAAAUCUACUUUAAUCUGAGGUCAAGGUAUUCGUAUAUCUACACUAAUAUUAUAAAGAGGAAAACUUUGUUUGUUUGUUUGGUUGUAAUGAA